GACGUGAGCUGUCAGCCGGGCAUGUUCAAGUGUCGCACGGGCCGCUGCAUCCAGCUGUCCUGGCACUGCGACCAGGAGUUCGACUGUGAGGACAACAGUGACGAGGAGGAUUGCAUCAAGCGCGCGCACAUGAACGGCACCGGCAUCGGGGACGUCGUCACGAGCGGGCUGGACAGCCCCGGCGGGCUGGCGGUUGACUGGAUCGGUGACAAGCUGUUCUGGGCUGACUCCGGCACAUCUCGCAUCGAGGUCGCCAACCUGGAUGGAUCCUCCAGGAAGGCCCUCAUCUGGAAGAACCUGGAGAAACCCAGAGCCAUUGUCGUGCAUCCUGGGGAGGGCACCCUCUACUGGACGGACUGGGGAUCAACGCCGAAGAUUGAGCGCGCGGCGAUGGAUGGGUCGGAGCGUAUCGUCAUCGCUGACAAGUCGUUAUUCUGGCCGAACGGACUGACGAUUGACUACGCGGCGGGAAAGCUGUACUGGGCCGACGCGAAGCACCAUGUGAUCGAAUGCUCAAACCUAGAUGGUAGCAAGCGCAAGAGCGUCAUCAGUCAAGGCCUGCCGCAUCCAUUCGCUCUCACCAUCUUUGAGGACCAGCUCUACUGGACCGACUGGCACACAAAGAGCAUCAACAAGGCGAACAAGCUGACAGGCAACGACAUCUCGACUGUGCACAAGCAGCUGCACUUCCCCAUGGACAUCCACACCUUCCACCCGCAGCGGCAACCUCCAUCCUUGAAUCGCUGUGGUCAGCGUAAUGGCGGAUGCAGCCACCUAUGUCUGCCCAGCAGCCGCGCUUUCUCCUGCGCUUGCCCUACCGGCUUCAGACUCGAGGCGGACCAGAAAACCUGCGCGGAAAGGAUCGACACGUUCCUGCUGUUCGCGCGCCGCUCCGACAUGCGACGCAUCUCUCUCGACACGGACGACCUCAUGGACGUGGUGCUCCCCCUGGUGGACGUGCGCAGUGCCGUCGCGCUAGACUGGGACGCUGACGGCCGACACAUUUACUGGAGCGACGUCACCGCUGAUCGCAUUAGCCGGGCUAACUGGGAUGGCACUAACCAGGAGGUGCUUGUCAGCACUAGCAUGGAGUCGCCGGCGGGCCUGGCAGUCGACUGGGUUGGUCGCAAGCUCUACUGGACUGAGGCAGGGCUCGAUCGCAUUGAAGUUGCCAACCUGGAUGGCUCCAUGCGCACUGUGCUCGUGUGGGACGGGCUAGAUCGCCCCCGUGACAUCAUUGUAGACCCCAUUGGAGGACUGGGUGAGUCACCUAAGAUAGAGCCGCGCCGGCCAUGGACGGGCUCGAAUCGGCAGACUCCAUCACCAGCCAAUGACAUGGCGCCGGACGACGGCGUCUGCUGUUUGAUACCGACCACGCGCGGUCUACUGGUCCGGAAUGCUGGCAUGAAGACGAUUCGAGCGUCGAUCUGGCAUCCGUUCGGAUGCUCUGUAUGGGAUAUGAUCUACUGGACCGCGGCGGCGAAGAACGUUCAACGAGCGGACAGCAGGGAGGCUGCAUCGCACGGUCUGUGCGCGGCAACUGGAGAAUUCCAUGGACAUACCCUGUACCACGCGGCGGCAGAUGGGGAUACAGCUGUGCCUGUCCCACAAGGCUUCAACCUGGUCGACAGGCGCCCCUGCUCUACAGAGCUGCGUGAGUUUCUGAUCUUCGCGCGCGGCACAGACAUCAGCACCAUCUCGCUGACAGCGCCAUACUACGCUGACGUCGUGCUGCCGAUACCUAACCUACGCAACGCCAUCGCCAUCGACGUUGAUCGCGUCGACAAGAAGCUCUACUGGUCAGACAGCAUCCUGGACCGCGUCCAGCGGUCAGAGCUCGACGGAUCGCUCGUCGAAGACGUCAUCGUCAACGGCCUGAACACGACGGACGGCCUCGCGGUCGACUCCGUCGGACGCAAGCUCUACUGGACGGACAUGGGCAGCGGUCGCGUGGAGGUCGCCAACCUGGAUGGGUCGAUGCGCAAGGUGCUCAUCUGGCAGAACCUCGACAGUCCGCGCGCGAUCGCCCUGCAGUACCAGGCUGGCUACAUGUACUGGGGCAACCUAAUGAUUGAGUGUGUCAGCCUCGACGGCACCGCGCGACAGACACUCGUCGCCAACGCCCCGCACCCCUACGGUCUCACCGUCAGCGGUGACGCCAUCUAUUGGACCGACUGGCAACUGCGGAGCAUCCAGCGCGCUGACAAGAUGACGGGCCUCGGUGUCAUGACGAUCCGCGACAACCUGCCGAGCCUGAUGGACAUCCAUGCGGUCAAGCUGGGCGCCGACGGAGUGAACAAGUGCGGGGCUAACAAUGGCGGCUGCAGUCACCUCUGCCUCUCCGCUCCCAAGGGCUUCGUCUGCGCCUGUCCCACGGGUCUGCUGCUGCAGGAAGAUGGCGCCACCUGUGAUAACAAUCCGAGCGCGUUCCUGCUCUUCACGGGCCGUUCCAGCAUCCGCCGCAUCUCCAUGGAUACGCACGACAACAUAGACGUCUACGUGCCGGUACCUGACCUGCACAACGUGAUCGCGAUCGACUUCGAGGCGGCCGACGAGAAACUCUACUUCACCGACGUGCACCUCGAUGUCAUCAGGAGAUGCGACUAUAACGGGUCGAACCUUGAAACCCUUGUCAGCAAAGGUCUGCAGACAGUCGAUGGCCUUACUGUGGACUGGGUCGCACGCAAUCUGUACUGGACAGACACGGGGCGUGACAUGAUCGAGGUGUCCAGGAUAGACGGCUCGAGCCGCAAGCUGGUUGUCAGGGAUGACCUGGACGAACCGAGGGCCAUCGCCGUGUUCCCGAGUAGGGGGUAG